UUCUAUACCAAGUUUCCGCCACCCGUCCCGAAAGCACUUUCUCCUCCAGGAAGAGCCCUCAGCGUCUGGAAGCCAGGCUUCCCAGUGACGUCGUUACCAGGCACUUCCUGUUUCCGCUCGCUGUCUUCCACACACCUGCGGCUCUGCCGUUUCUCCCCGGCUCCUACCUGCUGCUGGUGAAGUGAGCCGACCGCCGAGAGAAAGCAGCAGGGAGUCCUGUCAGUCAUCAUGGGGAUCCGGGGACUAAUGAGCUUUGUGGAAGAUUAUAGUAAUGAAUUCUUCGUUGAUUUGAAAUUGCAGAACACAAAAAUUAUCAUUGAUGGCUAUUCUCUUUUCCACCGACUUUGCUUCAAUUCAAACUUGGAGCUCAGGUAUGGGGGGGACUAUGAUUCAUUUGCAGAUGUUGUACAGAAAUUCUUUGAAUCACUGUUUGCUUGUCAUAUUUGUCCAUAUGUUGUAUUAGAUGGAGGAUGUGACAUUUCAGAUAAAAAGCUGACAACUUUGAAGGAUCGAGCUAGAGAGAAGAUCCAAGCAGCCCGUUCCCUUUCUCUUGGUGGGGGUGGGAAUGUGUGUCCCUUACUCAUCCGAGAAGUGUUCAUACAGGUUUUGAUUAGGCUUAAGGUAUGUUUUGUCCAGAGCUUUUCAGAAGCAGAUCGGGACAUUAUGACACUUGCCAAUCAUUGGAAUUGUCCUGUGCUAUCAUCAGAUAGUGACUUUUGCAUUUUUGACCUGAAAAGUGGGUUUUGCUCACUGAAUAGCUUUCAGUGGAGAAAUCUGAACACUAUUAAGGAUACACAAGAUUACUAUAUUCCUGCCAGAAGCUUUUCCCUUGAUGCAUUCUGCCAUUACUUCAACAACAUGAACAAAGCCCUACUACCUCUCUUUGCGGUGCUAUGUGGAAACGACCAUGUUAAUCUGCCCAUCAUGGAGACAUUCGUAAGUAAAAUACGUCUACCCCUUAGUUCUAAGGGGAGGAGAUAUCACCGAGUUCUAGGACUUCUGAACUGGUUGUCUCAUUUCAAUGACCCCACUGAAGCACUAGAUAACGUUCUCAAGUCUCUCCCCAAAAAGAAUCGAGAAAAUGUUAAGGAACUUCUCUGCUGCUCCAUGGAGGAAUACCAGCAGUCCCAGGUGAAGCUUCAGGACUUCUUCCAGGAUGGUACUUACGUCUGUACAGAAGCUUUGGAUCUGGGUUUACCAGAGUGGGUACUAGCAGCUCUGGCCAAAGGCCAGCUACCACCUUUCAUCAGUGAUGCUUUGGUGCUCCGAAGGACCUUUCUUCACACACAGGUAGAAAAUAUGCAGCAACCAAAUGCCCACAGAAUAUCUCAGCCCAUCCGCCAAAUCAUCUAUGGACUCCUUUUGAAUGCCCCACCACACCCAGAAGAUAUAUCCCAGAAUACACUGCCUUCCCAGCUUCUGGCUUUCAAUGAAGUGGAAAGAAUUAAUACAAAUAUCAAAACAUCAACUGUCUAUGCGAAACAACUGCUCGAGGAUCAUUGUGACUUGAGCAAACUGGCUGAGCUCCCCUUGGCUAGGCGGCAGAUGCUUCUGUUAGAAGCCCUGAAGGUCAAACAGGUUGUCCUGGAGUCCAUCCCUACUUUUCUGAAGUUGCCCAUUGCUGUGACUUGUUACUGGUUGCAGUCCACAGAGGCCAAGGCAAAGCUCCAUCAUCUGCAGGCCCUACUGCUGGGGAUGCUGAGGGAGCCCUUGCAUGCCAUCGUCAACAGCCCUGGUAAUGAAGAUACACGGAGAAAUGGUGCCAGGAUGUUGUAUGAAGAAUUACAACAGGUGAAGACACCCAUGCGGCCAGGUACAAGACUGGAUUUGGACACAGCGCACGUCUUCUGUCAAUGGCAAUCCUGCCUCCAGAUGGGCUUAUAUCUCAACCAGCUGCUGUCCACUCCUCUUCCAGAGCCAAACCUAACUUGGUUGUACAAUGGAAGCCUGGUCCAUGGACUCUGCCAGCGACUGCUAGCAUCCAGUUCUGCAGACAGCCUCCUGAGCAUAUGUCAUGAGGCAAAGCAACUUUAUGAACAUCUGUUCAAUGCCACAAGGUCAUAUGCCCCAGCUGAAUUGUUUUUACCAAAAGCUAAAUCAAAAUCAAAAUCAAAAAAAGGGAGGCAGAAGAAAAAGGUCACCAGCCUGGGAACCACUUCAGACACCAGGCACUGGUAUGACAGAAGCAACCGGUUUGGUCUGUUAAUGCUUGAAAGCUUGGAGGAGCAUGUAGAGAACUCAGAGCUUGAAUAAACAGUCUGUAGCACACAGGAUUUAUAGCUCUAACUUUAAAAUGGCUCUUUCCUUCCUUGAAGCUAAUUUUUCUUUAGGACUAACCUAUUUUGAGAUAAACUUUAUAAGAAAUCAUCUGAAUUCUAAGAUAUUUUGUACUGUACAUUUAAUACAGCCUUACUUAAGAAA